CGUGGGCCGGCCGGGACGGCUGUCUGUCCAGUGUAUCCUUUUCAGAGCACCCUGGCUUGUGAAGCAUUACCUGGUUAAACUGGAAUCGAAGCAGGACAACGCCAGCCCCUCCUGGUCCAGAAAAGGGCUCCGCUGUGGAACCGGCCCUCAGGAAGCAUGGGAAAGGGCUACAAGGUGGUGGUUUGUGGAAUGGCCUCAGUGGGAAAGACUGCGAUUUUGGAGCAGCUUCUCUAUGGAAAGCACACUGUCGGCUUAGAAGAGGGUGCCACAAUUGAAGAUGUGUAUUUGGCAUCGGUGGAGACAGACCGAGGCGUGAAGGAACAGUUGCGGCUUUAUGACACCAGGGGUCUGCAGGAGGGCGUGGAAUUGCCCAAACACUAUUUCUCCGUGGCUGACGGCUUCGUCCUGGUGUACGCCGUGACCAGCCUCGAGGCGUUCCAGAGAGUCGAACUGCUCAAAAAGGAGAUCGAUGUCUUCAGGGACAAAAAGGAGGUUGCAGUUAUUGUCUUGGGGAACAAAACUGACCUCCUGGACCAAAGGCAAGUGGAAACAGAAGCAGCACAGCAAUGGGCAAGGGCUGAGAAAGUGAGACUGUGGGAAGUGACUGUGACAGACCGGAAAACACUGCUUGAACCCUUCACCUUCUUAGCUAGCAAACUGUCCCAGUCCCAGAACAAGUCAACAUUUCCCUUGCCUGGAAGAAAGAGCAAAGGGAAUAACUGUGAAAACUAGACUAGCUUAGCAUUGUCUCCUGCUGCCAGGUCACAGUCUAAGUCCUUUUUGUGCCAUUUGCUCCUUGCAGUUUCACUUAAAGCAAUAAUAUCAUUCAGCAAUAAAAUCAGCAAGCUUAUAGCUAAGAGGUAUCCUUCCUUCUCAUAGACUUGGCUUGGAAAAGCUGCUGGUGGUAAAGCCUCAAAAAGCACUUUAGGAGAGCAGUUAUUUUGCAGCCAGGGUUAUGGAGGAGGAAGGGAUAGAUGGAUACCUCUAGCAGGGGCUUUUACUAUGCCUGGAUACAGCCAUGUUGAGGGACAAAUCAACAAGCUUACCAGUAUGUAAUCCCUCUGCAGAUCUAUAGCCUGUAGUCACAAAAAGUAUUAACUGCAAUAAAGCAUUCCAUUUGGAAAGGUGAUAUAUUUGAAAUGGCAACAGUUCUUUUACCUUGACCUUAAACAGGGCCACAGGGCUUUUUGAUGCUGCGAGGCUGAGAUCAGUUUCUUGCUGUAGGAGAAGGAUAUGGAGCAGGAGGAACAAUUACCAGAUUUAGCCACUGAUGUUUUGCUAGUGUCUGGAAGAAAAAAAACCCCAGCAAAAUCAUAAAAAACCACCCCCACAUCUUAUGGGAAUUACCCCAACAUGAACCUUGUCAAUGAAGUCUAGUAAGCAGUGCUUUCAGGUCAGGAAUUCAUUUGUAGAAACCAGAACAGCUCUCAGAGCUCAUUGAUUGAACAACAACCUAAGGACAACACAGCUGUGGGUUUGUUCCAGUAUGUCCACUACAAAUCCCAGAGGUGUCCCACAUUCCCACAGGUGGUCAUUUUACUGAGAAUUAUACGGAUUGAUUUGUAUGCAGGAGGUAUUGCUGGGCUCUGCUUAGGGCACGUUCACCUGGCUGCUCAGGCAAGCUGCAGCAAUCCACCCUCCCUAGGCCAGGCAGCAGCUGGCACAAAGCUCUGUAUGGCUCUGCAGGUGGGGCUAAGGAGGGUAGGAGGCUGCCUGAAUUUUUGGGGACAUCCCUGGGCAAACACCCAGCAAUGCCCAUACAAAUGGCCCCGGUUUCCAUGUGCUGCACAUGGUCUGGCUGCAGGAGCACAACUGCAUGUGCUGUGUUUGACUCAAUGCUAGCUUUUCUUUAUGUUUGAAAGCAAGAGCAGGGAGAGAGAGAGAGAAGUACCCAGUUUCUGCAUUUUCCAUUAAAUUAAUCCUCUUUUGAACAAAUACUGAGAAUUUCACUGUGAAUCAGCAAAACCACAAGCAUUAUUUGCACUGUCAUAUCAUAACUGCUAAAUAAUGUGCUUAAUGAUCACAAUUAAGCUCAUAGUAUUGCUCUUCCUGAAUACUGAUUAAUAAAGCCUGUCAGCAUUACUAAGGUCUGUCAACAUUAUUAAUGUCAGAGCAGCAGUACACUUCACUAAAAAUUAAACAGGAAUCCCUACCAUUAUAAUGAAGGUAGACGAAACUGUUUAUGUGCUUUGCUCAAUGUAGUUUGAAUUGCUGUGGCCAAGGAGUAAGAUAAGAGAGCAAUUAUGAAUGAGCAAGCUCUUGUAAUGCCCUGCUAGGAACAUACAAUUGUUUCCACACUGCAGCUGAGUAAGCACGAUAGCACGACCUACCCGCACCUGGCCAGUAAGAGUCAUUGUCCCCAUGGAUGACACUCCCUCCUCACUCAUUUCCUACUGAACACACGUGUGCUCCAGGCUUCUCCCUACCCAGAAGACUCUGUAUCUACCUGCAUGCUUGGGAAGUGGAGGUGACUUCAGAGCAGCAGUGGUUCACCUCCUCACUGCAACCUCUUACCAAGGAAUGGGUCAUGUUCCUCUUCUUCAGCUCUGCAGAACCCUUCUGGAAGGGACUAGAAUCAGCCUUGGAUCAAUCAAAAUAAGUGAAGAUGUCUCCUAACAGCACAUCAUUAAAGCUGACCCUUGAGCCAAGGGAGUGCAGGUUGACUAGUCAGAAUGAACUUAAAAUGCCUGGAGAUGGAAAGAAUGGGGAUGACUGGUUCCUGUGCAGCUCUGCAUGCUGCAGACUCGGUGCCAAUUCUUCUGCCAAGACUGAUGUCACCUGUAGGCUGCCGGAGCUGUGCAGUGCAAGUGCAGCUUGCUUACUUGCUCCCCUGGACUCCCAGGACUUGACAGUAUUUUAAGACAGGCAAGAGAAACAGUAUCUUCUAAAUGACUAGGGCCAUUUUCCCAAAUACGCUACAUAAAGGCAAACACAUUUUCUUUGAUUUGGCUAAAUGUAGAGUUUAAAUCAUUCGAGGCAUUCAGAUAAAAAAAGAAAAUCACCACCCACUAUUUUCUUUCAUAAACUUACUCUGAUGUUUUUCUAAAUAUCAUAGUGUUUUACUGAGAAGUGAUGGAAAAUCUAGUGUCUCCUCUGCAAAUGAUAUGCACACAGUGGCUGGUACUGAGUAAAAAUGAAACUUGCUGUAGUAGAGUUUUACACAGGGUGAACAAGCAAAGUACAGAGUAUAACGUAGUACCUAAUGGCCAGAACCUUUAUUUUGUUCUUCCUGUUCCACUGACUCAAACCCUGUUCUAGGUCACUGGGAUCACUUACCUUCUGCAAAACCAGAGUCCCUUCACAAGAUAAUGGAGAAAACUUAUAAUAAAGAAGAAAAACAAAUUAGUAAACAAAACCAUCUUUCUCAGUUCCUCUAAAGCCUUUACCCUGCUGAAUAAACACUGUACAAAUCACUCGCCCCCACCAGUUACAACAGUUAAUUUGAUGUGUCCUGGUGGCACAAAGAAAGAAGCUGGCAAAACACUACUGAGAUUAAGCCAUUUACCUCUUUACUCGGUAGAGGAGAAGGAAAGAUUACCAGAGAUGCUCCCAGUGUGAUGUAGCUAUGUACCAAACAGCUGAGGGAGCUCACACAUCAAUCAUGCACUGUGUCAAAUGAUGGCAGUUCAGCUGAUGAGGGGACAGCGCUACUACCCACCCAGCAAAAGAAAGGACACCUCUGAUUAAAAGAUUACAUUGGAGCAAGUUAGAUUUGCUCUGUGUCUAGACAGCAAGAGAAGUAUGUAAAUGAAAUACAUACAGAUUUAUUUUAAAGCACCAAACCAAAUCUGAGAGCGCAGAUGACCACCCAGCACUCACAAGAAUGUCACGAGGUGAAGCGCUCACCAUGAAAAAUGAAUCUGUGCUUCCGGCCCUUACCUUAAGGGAGUGGUCAGAAAUGCCAUCUCCACAAUUAACUGCCCUGUUGCUACACACCUCAAUGCAAACACCAUGUCUCUAGGAGAUAAUCUUUAUAGGUAGUUAAAGGAUGUACAGAUACUCCUUUAUGGUGUUGUCUGCUACCUUACCAGGACACGAUUCCUUCUCUUCCAGGUGUGAAUAGACCACUCCACCAGAAAAGCAUCAAGACAUUCUUUUUUUUACUUCCCGCCUCUUUCCCUUCCAGAUAGCUUACACUUUUCUGGUUGUACUUUCAAACAACAUGCCAGUCCUGCAGAGGCACCACUGUGAAAACUUAAGCUGAAAAGUAACUAUUGUGGCCUCUGUGGCAAGUUCCCUUCUCAAGGCCAGGUCCCUGCAGAACACUUAGUGAACAGUUGUAAAGGUCUAAUGCUGUCAUUCACUGUAUGGUUGUCUAGAACUGUCUUCCUAAAAUAGCAGCAGUCAGUGCACUCACCUGCAGAUCUCCCUUGUCCUUAACCACAGCAUAAAUCCUACAAAGCUUACAGAGACACCAUUCUAGCAAAAUGACAAAGCAAGGGACUAAGCAGAAAUCUUUUCUUCUUCUUUUUUUUUUUUUAAACAUCUUUUUAUUAGCACAGUAACAAAUGCAGACUUAAGUAGCCCACAACAUACAACCAAUCCACUGAGUGACUCCUAUUCCACACCUUACAGUUAAACAGCUUAAGGUAUUUCACUACAGGUUACCAUAAGUCCUGAUUAAACCCUUUAUUCUUUUCACAAAGAUAGAUUGGCUUAUAAAAUAAUACAUUAACUACUUCUCAUUUCAUAUAUGAAGCCAUAUAUCCACCUCUCCAUAUCACAGAUCAUGAGAUGACAGUCUUUAAAAAGGAUUUGUUAAAUACCAAUGUGCCCCCCAUAGGGAAAAACAAUCCCAACAUCUUUUUACAAAAAAAAAAAAAAAGAAAAAAAGGAAAAAAGGAAACUCAACCCAGAACAAAAUAAAUCCCUCAAACCCAAACAAACAAAAAAGCAAAAACAGUGUGUAGAGUCUUGAAAGGACUUUUACAUAAAUGUCAACCUAUGUACCUGUACAAAAUUAAGCUGUUUUAAUCUUUUACAUAUUGCAAGCAAACUGAAAACAAAAGAAGUCUAGGAAGUUUACAUUCUUCUCGGUACUAUAUGUGAGCUAAUAUUGCUGAACUAAUUACAGUCUUAAAGUAUGCUAUUCCAAAUCCUAGCUGUCUACUGUAGCAAGAUACCUUAAGUUACAACAACAAAAUCUUAGGAAAUAAAAGACUGAAUAAAAUCUGUUAUAGAAAUACCCUACUCUUUACCAGCACCCUCCCACCCCCCACCCCUUCAAAAUCAUAAGCAGCUCUUUCCAUCACAGACAAAUAAUGUAAGAGUUUGACGAAAAUCCAAUUUAUGUAGCGUAUCUUUUGGUCCAUUGUCUGGCCAUUCUGUCAUGCUCUGCUCUGUUAGUCAUAUACUGAGUGGCAAUGCUUCCAACCAGGGGGUCAGCUGAAAAAGAAACACACCGCUUAUUUCAGACAAGUUACUCAAUAAAAGCUUUUAAAUAAAGCUGAAGUGUAAAUUUCAUACAAGGCAAACACACAGGUAAGGUACAUUGUAACAACCUAAGCAUACUGAAUUGAUGAUCUGUAUCUUCUCUGAUUUUGUGUAUUUAUGGUGAUGUACUAAUCUGUAAUUUAAUAGUGUGAAAUGCCAAUAAAGUUUUAAGAAGUUUAAGGCACAACAA